ACAUGCCCCCGUGACUUGCUCCUCUCUCCCCCUCUCCCUCUCUCCCUCCCUCCCUCUGUGUGUGUGCGUUUCUCCCUACCCCAGACCAUGCCGGCGCACCUCAGCUCCCUCUCGGACGGUCGACGGAGACCCUCCCGAUCAGCGACGGAGGUCUGAGUGACGGCCAACGGUCUCCCUCCCGACCGGAAACGGAGGACUGAGCGACGGCGGACGGUCUCCCUCCCGACCAGCGACGGCGGUCUGAGCGACGGUGGACGGAGACCCUCCCGACCAGCAUCACGAUGCCAAGCUUCCCGACCAUCAACGAAACUCUGAGACAUCCACAGGCGUGACACUGCGCAGCCCCAGACUGAUCUGGCGACCUUUGCGGCAGCAUCCUGAGCGGCGAAAUACAGACGCACCCCCUCCCGACUGACCCGGUGAAUCCCAUCCCGACCACGGCGAUCCUCAACUCCCUCUUGGCGGCGGACGGAGACUCUCCCGGCACGCUAAGAGAACAAAUUCCUCCCCCCCUUUCGUGGAGCCCAAUCGGAGAUUCCACAACCGAUCAACAGGCUUGGCCCUCGCCACUGUCGCAGUCGCUGGCCGCCACCCGUGCCAUUGCCGGACUUCCUUGCCGAUUUCUGAACCUCAGAUAGAAGAUGGAAGAGGGCGCAAUCUGGUUUAUGUCAAGAGUGGGCCUUCUCCUAGGUAUGGCCUUGCUGAUUUCUGCCUUAGACAAAACAACGUCAUCAUCAUCCAUUUGCAGUCGCUCCCUGAGUCCUCUAUCAGGCUUUGAGUCAGACUUUGUCAUGGUGCAGCACCAACUCCGAGGUGUUUUCCACAUAAUCAAUAGUUGCUCCUUUUCCAUAUAUGGCUUCGACAUGAUUGCAGGCUCCCCUAAUGUCUUCUGGUGGGGUGCGCCCGGUGCUGACCUCGCUAACCUCACCCUUGGCUUUCCUGUUGCUGAUAGGCCUCUCGAUCGCCACUUCAGAAAUGAAACCCUCAAUAUCCACCUCUUGGACUCUGUCUCUUGGGACCAGUUCCGUGUCCUCGCCGUUUGGGACCGUUCAACAUUUUCUGAUUUCGGUCAUGUCAUCCUACCAAGCACUGACAAUCUCUUCUCCUCAGCCCCAGCUCCAUCACCUGCUGAUGACCGUGCGACCAAAGAUAACUCAGGGCUGAGAAAGCGAUUUCAUCACAAUCAGCCGACCAUGUUUGACAAUUGUAUAAGUCUAUCACCUAAUUUUCGAUUGAGGUGGACUCUAAAUCAUGUGGAAGAUGAAGAAGGGGGAGGAACGAUAGACAUCGGCCUUGAGGCUACUGUCAGUUCGCAAUAUUACAUGGCGUUCGGUUGGGCAAACCACUCAAUGUCGCUAGGAUCUUUUGAUCGCUUAAUGCUGAACGCAGAUGUUGCUGUGACGGGCUUCACAGAGGAAGGGACACCAUUUGCUGACGAUUACUUCAUCACUAAAUACAGUGAGUGCCUUUUGAACAAGGAGGGCAGCUUUCAAGGUGUUUGCCCAGAUGCCAUCUACGAGAGCACAGAUCCUAUUGGCUCUGUGAAUAACACCAGAUUGAUCUAUGGUCACCACAGGGACGGAGUUUCUCUGAUUCGCUACCAGCGGCCACUUGUCUCAUCAGACACAAAGUUUGACAUCCCAGUGGAUCCACUUGAUAAUGCCACUGUCAUAUGGGCGCUCGGGUUGAUUCGGCCACCAGACUCCCUCCGUCCUUAUUACCUACCGCAAAACCAUGGUGGAAAAGAACUUGUAAACUUUGGCUAUCUGGCUUUGAAUGUCUCGAAGGUUGUGGAUGAUUGCACUGGCCCCCUCGAAGCAAAAGAUAAGGAGGAUCAAGACCUCAUUGUGGCUGAUGUGAAGUCCCCUCUGAUUGUCACUUCUGGUCCAUCAAUGAACUACCCCAACUUGCCAAGCCCAUCGAAGGUGUUGUACAUCAAUAAGAAGGAAGCACCGCUGCUACGGGUGGAGAGAGGGGUGCCAGUGAAGUUCUCUGUUCAGGCUGGGCAUGAUGUUGCUUUGUACAUAACAUCUGAUCAGGUUGGUGGAAAUUCGUCAUCUGCAAGGAACACGUCGGAGAUCGUGUAUGCUGGUGGGCCUACUAUACAGGGUGUUCCCGCAAGUCCGAAGGAGUUGGUAUGGUCACCUGAUAGGAACACACCAGACCAGGUCUAUUACCAAUCGUUCUAUGGUAAGAAGAUGGGGUGGAAGAUUGAGGUGGUUGAUGGUGGUCUCUCUGAUAUGUACAACAACAGUGUUGUCCUGGAUGAUCAACAAGUGACACUUUUUUGGACAUUAGCCGAGGGCUCAAUAUCCUUUGCUGUGCGAGGAAAAAAGAGUGGAUAUGUUGCAAUCGGUAUCGGUGCAGGGAUGGUGAACAGCUUUGCCUAUGUUGGUUGGAUCGACUCAAGUGGUGUAGGACAUGUGAGCACAUAUUGGAUUGAUGGCAGGGAACCUGCCAAUAUCCAUGCCACAAAUGAAGAACUGAGCUAUGUUAGGUGCAGGUUAGAGAGUGGGAUUGUCACAUUCGAAUUCACUCGGAAGUUGGCACCUGCUUGUGUUUCUGGCAAGCCAGAGUGCAAGAACAUAAUCGACCCCACCAUUCCCCUAAGAUUGGUCUGGGCGCUCGGUGCACAUUGGUCUGAUGAUCACUUGAGCAUUAGGAACAUGCAUUCUGCUACCAGUAGUCGUCCUGUUCGGGUGCUCCUGAUGCGUGGAUCUACUGAGGCUGAGCAAGACCUGCGGCCAGUUCUAGCUGUUCAUGGUUUUAUGAUGUUUUUGGCAUGGGGAAUUCUGCUUCCAAGUGGGAUAUUGGCAGCCAGAUACUUAAAACAUGUGAAGGGUGAUGGAUGGUACCAGAUUCAUGUGUACUUACAGUAUUCUGGAUUAGCAAUCAUCUUGCUUGGCAUUCUUUUCGCUGCUGCAGAACUGCGGGGGUUCUCAUUUUCCUCUAUUCAUGUGAAGUUUGGGGUUGCAGCAAUUUUUCUUGCUUUUGUCCAGCCAAUAAAUGCUUCAUUUCGUCCUAAGAAACCAGCUGCUGGGGAGCAUGCCUCACCGGCACGGAUAUUGUGGGUGUAUAUCCAUAUUAUUAUUGGUAGAGGUGCCCUGGUAGUUGGUAUUGCUUCUCUAGUAAGCGGGUUGAAGCACUUGGGAGAUAGGAAUGGUGGUGAGCAUGUCCAAGGGCUUAACUGGGCAUUGAUGGUUUGGUUCUUGAUUGUUAUAGCUGUAGUUAUUUACCUGGAAUACCAUGAAGUUCGACGGAAGAAGGAUGCCGUCUUGAGGAGAAGUGACUGGAUAAUGGGUAUUGGGGAGGAAGAUGACUCCAUUGACUUGUUGGAUCCUAACAGAACGCUAACUGAUGAUAGGUCAGCUGCAUCACAAAGAAUGGAAGUUCAGUUGGAACCUCUGAAUAGAUAGUUUUUUGCAAUUGGAUUCGUUGCAAGCAAUUUCUUCUCCAUUGAUGCAAGUUUACGGCCUGUUUGACUGGGUCCUUUACAUAUCAGGGUUUCUUUUAAUUUAUUACAGGAUUGCUAUAUGAGUCUUGCCAUCUGGAGGAUCCAGUGUUCAUAAUGCCGUCACAAGUGACAUUCUUCUUUAAAUCUUGAAUUUAUUGGAAUGUAUCACAAGUGACAUUCUUCUUUAAAUCUCAAGUUUAUAUUUUUUGGUGUGAA